AGCUGAUCCAGAGACUCCAGUGAAACCUACCUGCUGUCUGUUCUCUACUAAGCAGUUAAAAUGCAAUCUAAAAGGCUGCCAUCGAACGGACAUCUAGAGUCACAUCCUGAACAGUUAACAGUCGCUCUGCUUGGAAAGAGAGCUGAGUUAAGGAACAUCAUUGGAAACAUGAUCCUUGGUAGUAAUGCUUUCGACACAGAGUCACACAUCCUUGUCGUGGGAGAGACCAGCUCAUUCAAAAUAAUCAACACUCCUGAUUUCUUUGAUGAAGAAAGUCUGCACACGGACCAGCACAUUAUUGACUUAAUGGCACUGUCUCAUCCCGGCCCCGAUCUGUUCAUACUGACAAUAGAUCCAGAAAACACCCAAGAGGUAGAUGUUGUGGCUCAGAUCAGCAAACUCCAGCAUACGUUUGGAGAAAGAAUCACAGAACACUUGGUUGUCACAUUACCAGACAUGGAAAGCUUCCAUUCACUCGGUCAUCUGAAGGAAAUCUUCGACAUCUGGUUGGCACCUGAUGAAAAUCUGGCCAGUGAAUGUAGGAACUUAUGUUCUGACUGUGAUCCAUUCCUAUAUGACUACAGACACUACAGUCAAGAUGUUGUGACAAGAAGAAAGACAGCCUUAGAGACGAUCCAGAAGCAAAGAUGUGGUGGCGAUCCCCCGUGUGACGUUGGCAGCGCAGGUACCAGCGCUCAUGGAGUGCCAGACAACAUAUUUAACAUCGUUCUGCUAGGACUAACUGGGACUGGAAAGAGUGCAUCUGCCAACACCAUCCUGGCUGUUGGAAACACCCGGCGGGGUUCAAGACAACUUUUUAGGUCUGAGCCAAGCUCUAUGCCGGUCACCACCCAGUGUGAGUUCAGAAUAAUGGAGAAGCCGUUCGGGGUGCUGGUGAGAUUGGUCGACACUCCAGACUUCUUUCACGACCAACUUGAAAACUCCAAAGCACAGGUAGAGGAGUGUAAGAAGUACUGUCAGCCAGGACACUGUGUGGUGUUACUUGUGAUACAGCUGGGCCGGUUCACAGAUGCUGAGGAAGGAAUAUUAGAAAAGCUGGAGGACAAGCUUGGCUGGAAGAUCAGAGAGAGCACAAUCGUUCUACUGACCCAUGGAGAGGGCCUGAAAAAAAGAAGUCUUCUACGAUUUAUUCAUGAGAGUGCUCCCCUCAAGAACAUUGUUGAAUUGUGUGGCUUCCGUUAUCAUCUAUUUAACAACUCUUUGAAGGACACAAAGCAAGUCAUUAAUCUCAUCAAGAAAAUUCCAAAUUACAACAAAAUGUUCCCAAAGUUAACAAAAAACUAUUAAUUCCAGAGUGCUUUCUUAGCCUGGCUAUAUGUACUGAUUAGAAUUUUCCAUUUUCAGUACCAAUGAUCGGAGCCAGCCUAUGCCUGGUGGUGCUGGUGCUUACUACUGCUGCUGCUACUGGUGUGUAACUUGUAAAUUUCUAGUCACUAUAAAGUCUAUCUAUAGUGACUCUAAAAGAUUAUGCACCUGUUUGGAAAAUGGUAUGGAUGUGUUAUAAAUCUCUCAGAGGAGGGAGGGUGAGAUUGGUUUGUGUUUGUUUAAGUCAUGUUUUUUGUUAAAAUUGUUAUUUCCACUUUAGUUUUUGUUAAUAGCAUUGAAUUCUUUCUUUAUUUAAACAUUUAAUAAAUCGUUUUGUUAGUACUUAUAAUUCUAUUUUCCCGUCUUUCUUCUACCCUGGGUUAAUUAUUAAUUGUUGCUCCUAUUACCUCUCUGUUUACAUCUGAGGUCGUAACAGGGUGACACACAGCUGGUGAGAUAGCUUCCUCCAUUUUGGACUUUCAGUUCAAAGGUCAGCAUUGUCAAGUAAAUACAUACUGUAUUAAUGAAAUUGUUUGCAUUUGUGUGAACAGUGGAAGACGAAGACACUUUGAUGUUAUGAAAACCAAUAUAUACAAAUGUGAUUAUAAAAUAAAUAUUUGCUUAUAUGUCUGUACAUCAGAUGUUAGUCUUUUCUGUUAUGUAUCACUAACAGCCACUUUGGUAGGUUUAAUGAUGAAGUUAAGGGUGUCAGGAUUUGCUGCUUUUUCUGUGUUUCAUACAUUUGUAACUAAAUAUCUUCUGUCUUAAUAAUCUUUAGGUCAAAUCACAAGAUGGUCCUUGCCCUGACACUUGAUACAGACACAGAAACAACAAAGACUAUGAGUAAAUCAGUAGUAAGGAGCAGAAUAAACUCUCUGUCUCUACUUGUCUUCCAGUUUUGAUUUUCAACAGUGUAGCAUACCCAACAAGAUGUAAAUUCACAAAAGGGAGAUAUACUGUAUGUGAAUGAGAUGUGACUAUUUGACCACAUUUGCACUUGUACACAUUAAUAUAAUCUCUAAUCAUUGUAUUUUGAAAUAGGGAGCAUCCACAUGUUUUUGAUUCUGCAUUGUCCAACAGCUAUUUUAUGUCCAUGACACUAAUUAUUAAACUGUAUGAAGGUGUCUGUAAAUAGAAAUACAGUUAAAGAAAAUGUAAACAAAAAUCACUAAAUAAAAGUCAGCCACAGUAAAAAUCA